AUGGAAUCCUCUUUGCCUUCCACCCAAAUCUUGGAUUCUGGUGAAAGUGCUGAGAGGAAAAAUGAAGCUAAAAAUUACAAUGAAGUGAUGUCCACCUUUCCAAAAGUAAAAGGCUUGAAUGGGUGUGAUUAUUACCUGUACCAAUGCUUUUGGUACGAUCCCUUCUUCUUGGAAGGAAUCAUGUCUGUUCAAGAGCGCUUCAAUCCUCAAUCCACUGAUAUAUUUCUCGCCAGUUCUCCAAAAACUGGCACAACUUGGCUUAAGGCCCUCACUUCUGCUAUUUUCACACGAUCCCGUUUAAGUGGUUCAACAACUAGUUCUUUACUUACCAAGAUGCCACAUGACUGUGUUCCUUUUUUGGAAUUUAACGUUGCUCAAAACCCAAGUAAUCGGGACUUGGCAAUUCCUCUGCUAUCUACUCAUGUUCCUUACAGUUGUUUACCUAAAUCUAUCAUCUCUUCUAGUUGCAAGAUUAUUUACAUUUGCAGGGACCUCUAG